AUGGCAGCCGACAUGACGGGCGAACAAAUGCAGGCGAAAAUUACCGCGGCCCGGCGCGAAGCAGAGGGGUUGAAGGACAAGAUCAAGCGCCGGAAGGAUGAGCUGGCCGACACCUCCCUUCGCCAAGUAGCACAGCGAGAGACCGAUGCCCUCCCUCGAAUUGGCAUGAAGCCUCGCCGCACACUCAAGGGCCAUUUGGCGAAGAUUUACGCCAUGCACUGGUCGACCGACCGCCGCCAUCUCGUGUCAGCUUCGCAGGACGGAAAGCUCAUCAUCUGGGAUGCCUACACCACCAACAAAGUUCACGCCAUCCCCCUGCGCUCAUCGUGGGUCAUGACUUGUGCGUACGCGCCCAGUGGAAACUACGUCGCCUGCGGUGGUUUGGACAACAUUUGUUCCAUUUACAACUUGUCGUCGCGCGAAGGCCCUACUCGGGUCGCGCGCGAGCUGUCUGGUCACUCCGGUUACCUCUCUUGCUGUCGAUUCAUCAAUGAUCGUCGCAUUAUCACCUCUUCCGGCGAUAUGACCUGUAUGCUGUGGGAUAUCGAGUCUGGGUCCAAGGUCACCGAGUUCGCCGAUCACCUCGGCGACGUGAUGUCGAUCAGUAUCAAUCCGACCAACCAGAACAUCUUCGUCUCUGGUGCCUGUGAUGCUUUCGCCAAGCUGUGGGAUAUUCGUACCGGCAAGGCCGUGCAGACAUUUGCUGGCCACGAGUCCGAUAUCAACGCCAUCCAAUUCUUCCCCGACGGCAACGCCUUCGGUACCGGCUCUGACGACACUUCUUGCCGUCUCUUUGAUAUCCGCGCCGAUCGCGAGCUGAACAUCUACCAGAGCGACCAAGUUCUUUGCGGUAUUACCUCCGUUGCUUUCUCCGUGUCUGGCCGAUUACUGUUCGCUGGUUACGACGAUUUCGAGUGCAAGGUGUGGGAUGUCCUUCGUGGCGAUAAGGUUGGCUCCUUGAGCGGCCACGAGAACCGCGUGAGCUGCCUGGGAGUCAGCAACGACGGCAUCAGUCUGUGCACUGGAUCUUGGGAUUCUCUUCUCAAGGUCUGGGCCUGGUAA